CAACUCAAUCUGUUAUUACACCGCAAAAACUAGAUAAAUGGCGUAAGGAUUUCUACGAAGAGCCCAAAAAUAUUCUGGCCCAAAAUGUUUGCAGCCGUGUCGAUCCAUUUGAUGUGUGUUUAUCCAGAAAAAAAUUAGAGCAAACAAAUCAUGUGUUCAAUUACAAGGUUGAAACUGAAGGUAAACCAAUAACCAAUCAAAAGAGUUCCGGUAGGUGCUGGCUUUUUGCGGCUUUAAAUUGCAUCCGUUUGCCAUUUAUUAAGCAAUUCAACUUGGAUGAAUUUGAGUUCUCACAAGGUUAUUUGUUUUACUGGGACAAAAUAGAACGCUGUAAUUAUUUCUUAAACAACAUUGUGCUGACUGCUAAUCGAGGUGAAAAAGUUGAUAGUCGCCUCGUCUCAUUUUUACUGCAAGAUCCUACGUCUGAUGGCGGGCAGUGGGAUAUGUUAGUCAAUUUAAUUACCAAACAUGGACUAAUGCCAAAAAAAUGCUUCCCAGAGUCCUUCAGCUGUGAAGCAAGCUUACGAAUGAACUCUAUUCUAAAAAGCAAGCUGAGAGAAAAUGCCAAAACAUUACGUGGUUUGAUCGAUUCCAACACCUCUGUGGAAGACGUUAAUGCUAAAAUUGAUCAAAUGAUGCAAGAAAUUUAUAAAGUUGUUGGAAUAUGUUUAGGGAUACCACCAGAAACAUUCACCUGGGAAUAUUAUGAUAAAACAAAGUCUUACCAGUCAGUCGGUCCAAUUAGCCCAAUUGAAUUUUAUAAUCAACAUGUCAAACCAAUCUUUAAUGUUGAAGAUAAGGUUUGCUUGGUCACAGAUCCGCGCCCUUCUAGCAUGUACAGUCAAGCAUAUACCGUAGAUUGCUUAGGAAAUGUUGUUGGUGGACGUCCAGUUUUAUAUAACAAUCAACCAGUGGAACUUUUGUUAAAAGUUGUAACAGAUAGCCUUAAGUCCGCAGAGCCAGUAUGGUUUGGUUGUGAAGUUAGCAAAAGAUUUGCUCCCAAACAAGGAAUUGAGGACCUCUUUAUACACGAUUUUAAGUUGGUGUUUGAUAUCGAUAUACAAAACUCUUUAUCGAAAGCAGAUCGUUUAAUUUAUGGUGAAUCAGCAAUGACUCAUGCUAUGGUAUUUACAGCAGUGUCUGUGGAUAAAGACGGAAAUCCAACAAAGCUACGCGUAGAAAAUUCUUGGGGAGAAGAUCGUGGUGAAAAAGGUUAUCUAGUUAUGACCGCCGAUUGGUUUAAAGAAUUUGGGUUUGAAGUUGUUGUUGAUAAGAAGUUUGUACCAGCAGAAAUUCUCAAAGUUUUUGAUAUGGACCCUAUCGUACUACCCGCCUGGGAUCCAAUGGGUACACUUGCCUAAAAAACUUUUUUACUUGUAAAGCUUCAAUAUGCAACACCUCACAAUGCAACGCUGCAGUUCAAUUAUAUACACACACGCAAGAGUGGAGAGCCCUUUAAACCUAAUAACAACCAAACAAUUUUUACUUAUGAAAAUUAACAAUAUAUACAUAUACAUUUUUGUUUUA